GACUAGACCUCUUAUAUUUUUCUUCCUUUCUUCGAAAUUCAAAUACAUCUUCCCUUGAAUAAAACUCUACCUAUCCAUUUGCCUUCCUCAAUGGUUGACUUUCUAAAUAAUGUAUUACCUCCCUCCAAAUAACAACCACUACUACAAUUUAAUUUCUCCCUUAUACUUCAAACAUCCCUCUCUUCUUCCAUGGCCACACCUUCAAAUUUCAACCUACUAAUAAUCCUUCCUUUCAUCUCUCUUAUGAUCGAAUUCCCAUUCUAAGAAUUCGCAUCACUACUGCAUAAACACCCUAAGAGAGAGCAGCUAGCUGUAUAUGAGUCUAAUUCCCUUAAAUCAUUUCAGUCUUGCUAGUUGUUUUGGUUUACUUUGGAGUCUUCAAUUUCUAUCAUAGGUUGAUGUGUGAUACAGUUCUCUAAAAGCUAAUUUGUUAAGUUGUAUAUUUUAGCCAAAAAAAAUAAAUGAACACGGCGGGUAAUACUCCAACUACAAGGGACGUGACAACGAGGCCUCCGCCUGACUUCUCCGAAAGAGAGGACUCCGUAGGCGGGUUCACCUACGGUGUAGGUGUGUCCUUAGGCAUCCUUAUACUAAUCACAACGAUAACAUUAGCUUCUUAUUUUUGCACUCGCGACGAUGGAGCAGCACGGGCGAAUGAGUCGGAGGGUCAGAACCAACAACAAGGUCAAAGGCGAGACGAUCAUUGCAUAAUAGAAGUGGAGGGAAUUGACGAAGAUACACUCAAAACAUACCCAAAAUGUUUGUUUUCACAACUGGAGAGUAGCAAGAAAAAAGGAUCAACAGUGAGUUGUUGUUCAAUAUGUUUAGCAGAUUAUAAAGGGAAUGAUGUGCUAAGACAAUUGCCUGAAUGUGGGCAUGUUUUUCAUCUAAAAUGUGUUGAUCCAUGGCUUAGACUUCACCCUACUUGUCCUGUUUGUAGGACUUCUCCUUUGCCUACCCCUCAGUCAACGCCUCUUGCAGAGGUUGCCCCUCUUGCUACCAUAAGAAGUGGGUAAUUCAAAUUUGUAUGCCCAUUUUUAAAUUUUAUUUUUUUCUUCGAUAUUGAUAAUUAAGCCAUGGUUUUUGGGGCUCUGACAAAUUACAGGGCAUGGAAAUCCGUUUUUUUUAAUAUUAAUGUAGGAUAUAUAAAUUGCAAAUUGGGCAUAGUUGA